GUAUCUGCGCCCUUGGCUCUUUUAUCGCUUCUAACAAGAAGACGAUCUAAGUGAUUUUGAUCCACCUCAACAGUUAAGCUACUGAACAAAUAUUCUGGUCCGAGACCUGUGGAUCAAAUAGGUGCUAACCCCAUGUCUGGAUGUCUGAGUGUCUACGAUAUGCUGAAUCCAGAGGUUUUGGAAAUCACGGAGCAGUGAAGGACUGAACGUCAAGAGAGACUUGAAGAAGCAGCGCAUCAGCAGAAAAAGUGUGGAGAGGAGAGGGACGAGGGCGGCGAGGGGAGGGGGGCAUCGCUAGAAAAAGUUUAUAAUUACCACCAAAGUGUAGCUCCGCUACACAUUUUUUUCUUUAAAGAGUUACCUCUCCAGCCAGCAAGAUUUCACCCAAAAGCAGACAACAGGAUCGUCCUGCGCUGACGCGGCUGGUCGGCAGGAAGCGGCUGGUGGCGGCGGGGGUCCUGGGGGUCGUAAUGGUUCUAGUUUUGGUAAUCCUCAUCCCGGUUCUGGUCAACUCAGCAGGGUCUGCGGCGCACUACGAGAUGCUCGGUACUUGUAGGAUGGUAUGCGACCCAUAUGGCACCAAAUCUCCGACCAGCACCGCCACGGCGGACACGGUCCGAGACAACAGCCUCGUCCAGUCUCUACCCACUUUUAUCCAAGGUCCGAAAGGGGAACCAGGUCGUCCAGGGAAGGCAGGUCCAAGGGGACCUCCCGGUGAGCCGGGACCGCCUGGUCCAGCGGGGCCACCUGGAGAGAAAGGUGAGCCAGGCAGAUCUGGUUUACCAGGACUCCCGGGACCCAGCGCUGCUGCCGGCGCAAUAAGCGCGGCCACUUACAGCACCGUCCCCAAGAUCGCCUUUUACGCAGGGCUGAAAAAACAACACGAGGGCUACGAGGUGCUCAAGUUCGACGACGUGGUGACCAACCUGGGAAACCACUAUGACCCGACCACCGGAAAGUUCACGUGCUCCAUCCCCGGAAUUUAUUUCUUCACUUACCACGUCCUGAUGCGCGGAGGGGACGGCACCAGCAUGUGGGCUGACCUGUGCAAAAACAACCAGGUACGUGCCAGUGCCAUAGCCCAGGAUGCGGACCAGAACUAUGACUAUGCCAGUAACAGCGCUGUGCUGCAUCUAGAGCCAGGAGAUGAAGUCUACAUUAAACUAGAUGGAGGCAAAGCUCAUGGAGGCAACAACAACAAGUACAGCACCUUCUCCGGAUUCAUCAUCUAUGCUGACUAGGCAACAACACAUUCAUCAGCCAUUAUAAGCCUUGUGGGCCAGUCCCUCUACAAAUCUUCUAUUAUGGAUAAGGUGUGCGAAAAACCAACUUAAAUCAGCCUUCAAAACCUGCAUUUUGUUUCCUUUUGGACAGUAACAUCAAUAAAAUCUUGGAAUUGUGUGAGAUCAAAUCAUAUCCUCACUUCAUAACAUUAUGUCCCACUUACACUAACAGCUGACAAGUUUAUGUUAAUUUAGUGCAGUCUCGAAUUGUUGAUUGUAAAAGGGAGAAGGAAGAGGUUUUUUUUGUGGGAGUGUGUGUAUGUGUGUGUGAUGGGGCUGUUGUCAGAGGGGACAGAGUGACCCUUCACCCUUAAAUCUGAUUAGGCUGCAAGCUACCUGUCAACAACAUUUAAAUAUAUUUUAUAAAAAAAACAUAUUCAUGGUGAUACUUAAUGAAAAAGUUGUCAGUCAGUGUGUGUGUUUUGUCUUUUCUUUGUUUUAUAUAAUGCUGUGAAGAUAGCAAGGAAAAGCUGGUAACACUUGAACUGCAUUAAGUCACAAUGACCGCAGA